GUCCCGGGCCGAGAUCACUCGACGAGCCCCAGGAACAGGAGAGGGACGGAGAGAGCGCAAAGCCAUCGAGCGAUGACUUCUAACCCGAGGGUGUACUUCGACAUAACGAUCGGUGGGGCCCCGGCGGGGCGGAUCGUGAUGGAGCUGUUCGCCGACGUGACGCCGAAGACGGCGGAGAACUUCCGGGCGCUGUGCACGGGGGAGAAGGGGCUCGGGCUGUCGCGGAAGCUGCUCCACUACAAGGGAUCGACCUUCCACCGGGUGAUCCCGGGGUUCAUGUGCCAGGGAGGCGACUUCACCGCCGGGAACGGGACCGGCGGGGAGUCCAUCUACGGUGCCAAGUUCGCCGACGAGAACUUCGUGAACAGGCACAAGGGGCCCGGGUUUGUGUCGAUGGCCAACGCGGGACCCAACACCAAUGGCUCCCAGUUCUUCAUCUGCACCGCCGGGGCACCCUGGCUCGACGGCAGGCACGUCGUCUUCGGCCAAGUCGUCGAGGGGAUGGACGUCGUCACAGCCAUCGAGAAGGUGGGCUCCCGGGGAGGCAGGACAUCCAAGACCGUCACCAUCGCCGACUGCGGCGAGCUCUUUUAGAACAAACGUUCGUCGGUGGCAGUGCCUGUACCUCUCUUUCUUCGUUAAUUCUAUAUCUGAUAACGGAAUGGUGUGUCUGAAUCCUCUUUCCGAUCACAUGGUUGGAGGGGUUUAUUCUGAUCUUAUGUCUAUCAUGCUUUUUCUUGGUUUUUGGUUGAAUCCAUGUAUGCUCUGGUUCUAGAGCUGCAUUUAUCUUCAAGAUAUCUAUUCUGUGGUGGUGAAAGAAAAUAGUAAAAUCGGAUUUUACAUGUAAGGUAA